UUGCAGGGGCGCGAUUCACAUCUCAACCGAAAUAUUUGUAAAGCGAUACGAACGAGUUACGAGAUGAAAUCCGCAAUGUUCAAAAACGCGAUUCAUAACACACAUACUUUGACCUCGUUUUCAUAUCGCUAGUUCGUAUUUGGAUCGCUUGAGUGAAAUGAAUGAAACUAUAUUUUUUUAAUUGCCAUGCAAAAAUAAUAAAUACUACCACUAAUUGUUUUAAAUAAUUUUGUUCCUACAAUAUAUUUUGUUGGAAUUAGUGUAGAUAGCAAGUAUCAAGAAACUGCUUUUUAAUUCAACGUUGAAGAAAUUCAUAACCUGUGGCACUUUUGACAGCCGCCAUGUUUAAUUCAUAAAAACUUUGAUUUUCUUUGUGGGUUUCGAGUCAACGUACAUAGGAAAUAAGAAGAAAGGAAAUUAAUUUAGAGAAAAACGACUGAGACAUGUAAGUAUCAAUGUAUUAACCUAUUUUUUUUAAUAUAAAUGUUACCGGUUGUAGUCAAGAAGGUAUUGUAAUUUACGAUGUAUCCAAUUUCUGUUUUGAAUUGUUUUAGAAUCAUGAACGAGACGAAUACUAGCAGCAGCAGAGUCUCCUACUCGCAGUUGGAGGCUCUGCUUGCUUUUAUGGAGGAGCACCGGGAACUGGCUGCCGGGUUCCUAAGAUCAACGGAAGCCCGGCACAAAAGCCAAAAGCUAUGGGAGGAACUCGGGAUCACUCUCAACUGCAUAGGCGGGGGGUCAAUUAAGACCGCGAAAGGGUGGUCUAAAUACUGGAGCGACUAUAAGAAUAAAUUGAAGGCGCGGGUGAGGUCCCUCAACAAGUCCCACACUGGGACUGGAGGAGGGGGAGCACUAGGCCCUCCUCUGUCUGCAAUAGAGGAGCGGGCAGUGGGGAUAAUGGGUCCCCAAUUUGGAAAAAACAUAAAAAAUGUACAGGUUGACCCGCUGCCCCCUCUCAAUUUAAAUGAAGGUUGUUGUGUGGUGCUUCCCUUUGGAGACGAAAACUGUCCGCCACCACCACCACCGCCACCUGCCACAACAGCCACUGUGACUAGUGGUGGCAAUACUGCUACUACUAGUCAUAGUGGCUUAUAUGAAAAACCUGAGCCUAAUAUUUCAUAUGCCACUGAUAAUGAUGAGCAUGGAAGCUCUACACCUAUCAAAAGGAUCAAAAUGAAACGGCAGCGUAUUUCAACACCCAGAAGUGCAUUGGCUGAAGCCAAAGCCGAUGUACUCAACUUGCAACAAGAACAACUGCGCUGUGAGAGGGCCACGGCUUCAGCCCUCACAAUGAUAGCUGAAGCCAUGAACCGUCAGGCUGCAGUGAAUGAGAGGCAAUGCAGGCUUCUUGAGGAGGGGCUCCUCAUAUGGAAAAAGGCUAAUGAAAGGAGCAAUGAAGACACUUAAAGUAAAGAUUUUAGCGGCGACGCAGUUGCGCGACCAGUGAAGCUCUGGCUUCGCGCCCGGCGUGGAGCGCGCGGUCCACGCGGCGCUGCUGCGGCUGCUGCGCGGGAGGAUCCCGUCCCUGCGCAUGCGCCUGGCCUUCAAUGGCCUCACGCCUCUCUUCUUCCUCUUCUUCAGGCGUCAAUUCCAACAGAGGAGCACCUGUUUUGCGCGCCACAUUGUGCAACACCACACAUGCGUUGACUAUGCGGGCCGCCUUCUCCGGCUUGUAGUGCAACAUUCGAGCUGCAAGCAAGCACCGCCAACGUGCCUUCAAUACACCGAUGCACCGCUCAACACAGUUACGUGUCUUGACGUGCAUGUCGGUGUAUAAGGCCUCGCGAGUUCCUGGGGUGGCAUCCACAAUAGGGGUCAUCAUUAUCACCCGCUGAGCAUAUCCUGAGUCACCUUGAACAAACAAUUUAGUUGCAUUAUUUUUUAGUUUAAUUGUAAUAAGAAUGAUUAUGUUUGUAUUGUGUUAUUGUUACCUAAGAGCCACACAGCUUCCCCUUGGUCGUAUAGACCCUGCAGGUAUUCUUUCAGAGGGUGACCAUUCCAAACAGCGGAGUCGUGAGUAGCCCCGCCGUGGCUGGCAUCGACACUUAAAAUAAUAAGAUCUGCGUCACAUAUCUGUAACAAACCAAUAUAGUUCCUAAAUUGUUAUGUUUUUAUAGACUAUAUUUAAUAUAAGUACUUAAUUAAAAUAAUUACUAACUGUGAUUACCUAAGUUCCUAUUUCCAUUCAUAGUUUAAUAAUUGUUAACAAAAUAUUGUAUUAUAUAAGUAUUAAUAAUUAUACAAAAGGCUAAAAGCAUUUUGUACCAGUCAACCUAUAGGAGAGAAAAUAAGACUUUACUCUUUGAUUGCCAUUAUCUGUAGCUUUAUUAAGUGGUAAAGGGACCUAAUUACUACCUAUAUUUUUUUGUAUUAGUCAUAAUUCAUAGAAUUUAUUCUAUCAAUAAAUAAAAAAUACAUGUA